UUCCGUAAUCUCUCGAAGGUUCCAAUAUUUCUGGCGAUUCACAGAGCAUCUACAAAGGAGAAUUCCGGGAAGAAGUUUCCGGCGACGAUGAAGCCAAUGACGGUGGACUACCUGGCAGACCUAGAGGAUCAAGGAUCAACAAUGGCGAUGGAUAUUGAUGACGUGGAGGCUCUCGAGAUUUUCGGUGAAGGUCCUUUAUUAGGUUCCGAUCACCUCCGUCUCGCUGACGCUGAUUUCUUCAAUUCCUUUCAAGAUGACUUUGAUGAUUCCGACAUCAAUUGAAAAUUUGAACUAGUUUCACCGUAGUUAAUAACUGUUCGUUUGUAGUUAAGUUUCUGGGGAAAAAAAAGAUUAACGAUAAAUAUCGAGGAAAUGUGAUUAUGUUUAUAUGCUUACUGAUGAUUAGCUUUUGAAUCUUUUGUUGCUUUUCUGAUCCAUUGAUUAGAAUUGUUGAAGUAAUGAUGGAACAUAUGAACGUUUAUUUGGUUAUUGUAUGUUCGUUGAUUAUCAUGUUUGAUUAAAAUUACUGAGCUUGGGCUUUGCCA